CCAUCAGAGGAAGUGCUUUAGAAGUACAAACAGAUCUCUCCCUCACAGGGUCUCACAAAGCAAGUGCUGUUCUGCACGUCCUGUGUAGUGCCACACCACAUGGAGAUGGAAGUUGACAUGGAGCGAGGUGCCCAGAGCAAGCAAGACCUAAUCAGUGACAGUAAGCGGGGUCUGGGCUGCUGUGGGUGGUUCCUUGUGAUCAUCUCAGCGUUUUUCUGUAUAUUGAUCUUUCCAAUCAGCAUUUUCAUAAGCAUCAAGAUUGUGAAAGAAUAUGAACGUGCAGUUAUAUUUAGAUUGGGACGGAUAACAGCCCGAAAACCCAAAGGACCAGGAAUCUUCUUCAUCAUCCCUUGCACGGACUCCUUCAUCAAGGUGGAUCUGAGAACUGUUUCAUUUGACAUCCCUCCUCAAGAGAUCCUAACCAAAGACUCAGUGACUGUUUCUGUGGAUGGUGUGGUGUACUUUCGUGUUAGUGAUCCCAUUGCCUCUGUGGCAAAUGUGACCAAUGCUGAUUAUUCCACCCGUCUGCUGGCCCAGACCACCCUGAGGAACGUACUAGGCACUAAGAACCUGUCUGAGGUCCUGUCUGACCGGGAGGGCAUCUCUCAGAGCAUGCAGAUGACCCUGGAUGAAGCCACAGACUUGUGGGGUAUUAAGGUGGAGCGGGUGGAGAUUAAAGAUGUUAAACUACCUGUUCAGUUGCAGAGAGCAAUGGCAGCCGAGGCCGAGGCAACGCGGGAGGCUAGAGCGAAGGUCAUUGCAGCAGAGGGAGAGAUGAAUGCAUCCAGAGCUCUGAAGGAGGCAUCUCUGGUGAUCGCAGAGUCUCCUUCUGCUCUUCAGCUUAGAUACCUCCAAACCCUCAACACCAUCGCAGCUGAGAAGAACUCCACCAUUAUCUUCCCUCUGCCCAUGGACAUGAUGAGCCAAUUCAUAAAAAAAUGAUUGCAGAAGCAUUUUUGUGUAUUCAAAAAAUGUGUACAGACGUAAACAUUGAAGAGCAAUUUAACAUCAUUUCUUUAAAAAUUUUAAAAGAUUUUCUUAUGUGCCAUGUUUUACAAAUAUUUUAGAUUUUAGUGUUGAAAGAAUAUUGCAAUUAAUGUAUAACAGUAAAGAGUUAAGGUUUACAAAUAACUUUAUAAUAUAUAUAUAUAUAUAUAUAUAUAUAUAUGAAUGUCAUAUAUUUCAGAACAUACACUAUGGUUCAAAAUCCCUACUGAAAAUUUGGCAUUUUUCUAAUUUAAUAAUAAUUAAAAAAUUAUUACAAAUUAUAUUAUCAGCAUGUCAGCAUAACAAUUUGAGUGAAAAGGCUACCUGAAAAAUAACAUGAUUGCAGAUUUUUGGACCCCACUGUAAGUCAAUGCCUAAAUGCUAAUUUAUAUUCCUGUAAACAGGGGUGUAAAAAGUACUUAGAAAUUAUACUCAAGUGAAAGUAUGGAUACUGAGUAAAAAUUAUCUAGCCAAAAACAUACUUGAGUUAAAGUAAAAAAGUAUUCACAUUCAUUUGUACUUAAGUAACUUUUAUCCUAGCAACAUUUAUCCUACUUAUUAACUUUUUUCCUAGCAAGAAUGAAAUCAAGAGAGGAGAUUGUGUAAGUGAGGAUGUUGUUAAAUUCGAUUGGUUUGUUAAGCUGCCUUUUUACUGUCUCUGGCAACUGUCAUAUUUCUCCCGCAGUGGCAUUCACAACCUGGUCAUAGAAUCAUGUUAGAAUAACUACAUUUUUACUAAAUUAUUUUUAUAUGGCAUGUUGCAAUUUCCUGGUGGAGUGAACACUAGAGGUGCUAAAACAACAAUGACUUUUAUCCCCUUUCACUCAAAUCAUGAGUUAAACGGCAGAUUAUCAGUUAAUAAACACUUACUUUUUGCUCUGUUCCUCACACAAUGCUAUCUUAUGACAUAUAAACACUUUUACUACAGCGCAUGACUCAUUAUAACAUUUGUAUCACAUAACCAACUACAUUUACAAGCUUGUUUUAGUGUGAUCAAAUUGCGCGGUAGCUCAACUGAUAGAGUGUUGCAUAUGCAAUACAACGGAGCAGGGUCUUGAAGAGCACGCAAGUCGACACGUGGCCGAAAGUGUCAUAGAAGCACCACAAAAUGAGAUGGUUGCUUCAGAAAUUGUGUUUUUCAUCUCUCAUUUACUUUUUCUGACCCUAUCGGUUAGGUUUAGGUUUAAGGUUUAGGGUAGGGGGUCAGUUUUGUUGAUUUUAAUCUCGAUAGAACAUUAACCUUAAAUACCUCAUCUGUUUAGGAGAACAUUUCACUCGCUUUUAGUGGCACACAGUGGACAUUUCACUUUGGAACUGCCCUGAGACGUGUAAUGAGCCACAUAAUUUUAUUUUGCAAAAACAUUGACACAGUCUCGCAAUGUUCGUUGCAUGGGAGAAGGCACUCACGAAUUGCGAUGUCAGAGCACCCAGACCCUUGAGACAUAAAGAAAGAUAAAAAAAAUUCUAAGAAGCUUUGAAGAAAGUUAGUAAAGUUGUUGGUUUUGUGAAUUGUUUUCUGAGGUUUGCUGCCAAACCUUGCAGUUGAGCAGAUGGAUAAAUUCAAUAAAAUUCAUAAUUAUA